AUAAGGAUAAAAUGAUAACCAGACAUGAAUCCUGUCCAGACGGCAUAGCUGGCCAUUAUUCCGGCGCUAUGUUCAAGGACGCACCUGCUUUCCAAGAUCAUAUCCUCCAACAAAUUUCGGAAAGAAGACAACAUGGAGAUGGCAUUCACACCGACUUCAUGUAUACGGACAUCGCUCCUUCCUGGGCGGAGUCCGCGUACAGCACACUUGAAGAAAGAAGACUCAUAUGCUUUAAAACAUACAAUCCUAUCACCCAGGUCCUGAAAUUACGAGCAAUGGCAACUCCACUUCAUAACGCCGACCAGGAGUGGUUCGCCCGUUCGCGAGAGAUAUGGCUGAACACUGGUGUUCUCAAUCCAGUCGAGCGGAAUAUGCUCUUGGCCUCAGCCAACACAAAAUUUAGGCUUACCGGAUACCCAUUCAGGGGAAUGGAAAAGGCCCCGAAUGUUGGAGUGCAAUUGAACGGCACCGGGCUACCGAGAGUAGUGCUUGAGUCAGCGUUCUCGCAAAGUGGGGAGAGUCUUCGGAAUGACAUGCUCGAUUGGCUCUUAGGUGGAGAGAAUGCUGUCCAGGUUGUCAUUCUGGUCAACUGGAGAGCAUCACAGGAUACUAUGCUUAUAAGAGGUGAUGUAGAUCUCUAUACAUUGGGGAGGGAUGGGAUACCCCGACUCCAAGAGCGCCAGCAAGUUUACCCGAGGCCCCCAGGACCACCUGGUGGUCAGACACUUCGCCUCACACGGAAGAUGUUCUUUGGGAAUAAUAUUGGAUCAGGGCGCAGCCCCAAUGAAGCUUUUAUGAUGGAGUUGGACCAGUUGCGAGCUGUAGCAGCCAUGGUAAUGCCCAGUAUGGGCUAUCAGGCGGCAUAG